UCAUUAAUAUCGUGUGAUUAAAAACAUUAGUCAUUAGAGCACGUGAACGGAGAUAUCAUACAAAUUUAAAUGGUUAAUUUUCCUUAUGUUCUCUGUUUUAAAUAAGGUAUAAGAAUGACUAUAUUUCACGAUGAAAUAGAAAUCGAAGAUUUUGAAUACGACGAAGAUGAUGAUAUGUACUAUUACCCGUGCCCAUGUGGGGAUAGGUUUCAAAUAAGUAAGGAAGAACUGAUGGCCGGUGAAGAAGUUGCCACAUGUCCUAGUUGUUCUCUUGUUGUUAAAGUUAUAUAUGACUUGGAAAAGUUCAAAGCUGAAGCUGAAGAAGUGCAAAGUGAUUGCAAAGAAAAAGAAACUGUCAAAGUUUAAUAUGUGAGCCUAUUUAUAUAGCUACAUAAUAGCUGUGAAAGUAUUCAGGGUCAUAAUUGAAAGAUGUGAAAGAUGCAUCACAAGGAGUGGUCAAGUCAUUCUGUUGAUGAGGUGCUCGGUGCCAGGGAGGUACCAUGUGAUACUGCAAAUAAAUACCAGUUAUAUCUGA